AGUUGGUGGAAAAUAGUUGGUAACACACCCCCUUAAGAGUCGGAAAACACCACCAUGAGCGCCAGCGAGGGCCUCAGUCUCCCGGGCAACGAGGACACCACUCCGCCGCAUGAAAAACAUAAACAAAGGACCAAAAAGAAGGGCAGAAAGAAGUCCAAGAGUGCCAAAGUGGAAAGUAUUCCCGAUCCAAUGGACGCAAAAGCCACUGCCAGCUACUUCAGCCUGAGCAUCGUGGGCCAAAUAGUCUCGGCCACCUUUCCCUUGGGUCCCGACAAGGAGUUCGUCUUCCUGCGCUACGAACUGGUCGCCGGUCCCGACUGGCAGUUGGCCUCGGGUCCCCAGCACGGACUCACCCAGCUGGCCACCAACAAGAGGGGCCACUUUAACGAACCCAUCGUCUUCAAUAUGCCCAUCGAGGUCACCUACAAGAGCACCAGUCCCUUUGGCUGGCCCCAGAUCCUGGUGAGCGUGUUCGGAAGCAGUGGAAGAGGGCGGGAAACACUCCUUGGCUACGCCCACAUCCACCUUCCCGUUUUCGGCUCCCGACGUCCCGUGGAUUCCAAUCAGGACCUCCUGCAGGCUCCCAUCCUGAUGCCCAAGUGUCCCAAUAUGAUGGCGGACAUCACCAGUUGGCUUCUGCGUCGGGAGCCAGAGCUCAAGGAUCCCAAGGUCCUGCUGGACAACCUAAAAUGCAAAGGCUUGUCCAUGGAGUCCUACGGCAGCCUACAGUUCCAGUUGUCCUCCGUGAUGCGGGGAGCCCGCAAGCUGGGCUACCAAUGGCAUGCCUGA